AUGGAGGCCGCCGGAGCUGGCAUUGGCGUUCUUUCCUUGAUCAUCCAACUUGCCGAGCGUGUUGAGUCGCUCCGCGCAUUUUGCAAGUCCUUCAAAGAUGCGCCGAACGAUGUUUCCGAAAUGGGCCAGUGCCUCUCUGAGCUCCGCGCUUUACUCAAGGAGCGAGCCAGUACGCAUCCCAUGCCGAGUCCAGCCCUCAAUGCCGUGCUUCGCCGCUGCGAUCGACGCAUCAAACCACUCGAGACCCUUGUGUCGAAGCUUGAGCCAGGUUUCAAGUCGCGUCACAAGAGGGUUCGAGUGUGGACUAGAUUCACCACCACUCAGAACGCCGCAAACGUAAAGAAGCUCCGAGACGAGUUGGCCGAUGCCAAACUUGACCUCAUCAUUGCAAGUCAGGCCAUUUCCGGGGGGUCCAACUCGGACAUUUAUCCAACCAUCCAUAACACCAUUGACAGCUUCGAAUUCAGUCAGGGGCAUACUACCUCUACACCCUUGGCCGAUACAUCUCUGCCCAAAGAGCAGCUGGAACAAAUCAAUGACCACCUCGCCGAGAUUAACGUGCAAGUCGCCGACCUACGGAAUGCCUUUCCAGACUGGAGUCAGGGCUUGCAACUUCCUAUGGUCAAAAAUGGCAUGAACAUUCUCGUCCGGCAAGCCUUCCAGGAGGCCCUUGGGUCAGAUGAGCUAAAGCAGGUCAUGCAUGGCAUGCUGCAGUCAUCUAUGGGACCCAAAGAUGAGAACUCUCUUGAUCCGAUGCCUGAAAAGAAGGCACAGCCCCCUGCCAAUAUGAAUGAAACGGCACUCCAGUAUCCUCGACCAUCUCCUCUCCGAAUCUGCGAGAAAGAGUAUUCUUCAACUUGGGCCGGUUUCUUUGGCACCGUCUACUACCGUUCCCGAAUCGUUCGAUCUGGUGUUGACGGCGAAGAUUACCGCCAGUACCCGCAGAGGGAGCUCGAGUCAUCUUGGAUCGUUGUACCAUCGCGUUGGCUCCUCCGCACAGCAUACUCGUACCAGAUUAUCAAGUCCACACGAGGUUGGAACCAGAACAUCCAGACCUUCUCCGUUGUCCCACACAAUGCCCAGAUCUUCGAGUACGCUAUCAGUGGCGAUGUCGAAGGCCUUCGAGGCCUUCUAGUCUCCAAGGCCGCGAGCCCAAACGACUGCGAUGCUCAGGGGUACACUGCGCUUCACCGUGCUGCUGCUCUUCGACACACUGAGUUCUGCCGUCUUCUCAUCGACAAUGGCGCCAACGUAAAUGCAGCUGGCUUCCUUACUGGCGAGACACCUCUCCAUCACUUGCCCGUCAAUCGGUCUCGAACACAGGCUGAUAAGCUAUAUGACACCCUCCAUCUCUUGGUCAAAUCAGGAUCAGACCCGGGGAUCCAGGACAGCCGCCGCCAGACUGCUUAUGACGCCUUUGAAGCGUUCUUUAACUGGCCUGGUCGCAUCAAGCUUCGCGAAGUCAUGGCCGAGUGUCUUUCAUGGCUCCAGGGAAACUCCUGGGAUACAGAUACUCAGUCGAAAGCACGUACCCAAGUCAUCGGAAAACUGUACAAUGGCAUGGACAUCGAUUCCGCAGUGGAAAGUCUCGAUGCCUGCCUCAAGCCAGAUUCUAAUCCUGGAACGGCCUUAUCAACAUGCCCACGCAGUUUCACUUCGCGUUGGACCCCCCUCCAUGUGAUGAAUCACUUCCGAGUUGAGCCCGUCUGGCACCCCUGGUCGAAGAGUACGAUCUUUCAGCAGAAGGGCAUCUGGACUAAGGCUGUAUCACGGGCUAUCGAGUUGGGUGUUGAUCCCCACGCUGUGGACUUGGAGGGCUGUACACCCACCAUGCUGGCGCUUCGCAGCCUCUUCACGUUCCAUGUUUGGCAAAACGCGCUUUUCACAUUGGGCUACGACCUCGAUGCGUUUGUCGCCAAGGAGUUUGAAGAAAACAAAUCUCUCCGUCAAGAUGGGUGGAGUCCUGAUGCGCUGCGCUAUCUCCUGGGUGUGCCAACAGAAAAUCUCUACCUCCGCGGUGAUGCUUGGCGCGAGGUUCCAGAGUUCAUCUUCUUCCAAGACUGCGGCGGAGCAGAUGGACUUUACGUCCGAAGCUGCUGGUUCCAGCUGCUCGACGUCCUCAAACACAAGCGGCUGCUCCCUGUCGGCUGGCAGACUCUGGCACUUCCGCGGAAGUUCUGUCGGGAUCGAGAAGUCAUGUACUGGAACAAAGAGCGAGGUUUGCUCGUUGAUGACAGACCCGUGGGAGGUGCGACAAUUGAUCUCUCAAGGCUUCCAGGGAGAGAUUUGGUUCAGGAGUUGGGCCAGCUGGGUCUUGUCUGGCAAGAGUGA